AUGAAUAGGUUUCUGAAGAAAUUAAUAUUUGUAUUUGCUUGUUUUGUAAUAACAAAAAUAUAUUUUGUAAAAUCAGUGAAACAUGAAAAACGAAACGAAAGACAUCACCGUUUUUAUUACAUAAGAACGCAUGUUAAAAAAAAUGACAAAACAAAAAAAGAAAAAAUCAAUGUACCUAUAUCCAACAAAAUAAACAUAAAUAAUAACAAAACAAAUAUAUAUUUUAUAAAAAAAAAUCAAUUUUUAUUAUUAAAUACGCCAAAUAAAAACUCGGAAUUGGUAUAUAAAAAUUCUGAACAGUCAGGUAAAAAUUAUAUAUUAAAUAAUAAAUUUCUUAGUAGAGAUUUAGAAGGAAUACAAAUUUUUCCAACUAAACAAAAAAAUGAAGACGAUGAACAAAACCUUAAAACUUUAUUACCAUCUCGAGAAUUCAAACCAAAAAGAAGUUUAGGACAAAAUUAUUUAAAAGAUGAAAAUAUUAUAAAAAAAAUGAUACAGGCAAUAGAACUGGAUUCUAGCCAAUUUGUUCUCAUGAAAGAAAAAAAAAAAAAAAAAAAUUUAUUGAAAUCAAAAAAAGACAAAAUCCAAGAUGAAACAGACGAAAAAAAUAAACUAAAAAUAAAUGAAAAUAAUUGUAAUUCUAAAAAUAUGGAAAGUCUUAAAAACGAAGGAAAAGGAAUAAUUGAAUUAGGAUGUGGGCUAGGACAAUUAAGUAAACAUUUAUUUAAAAAAUAUAAAAAUAUGACAGCUAUUGAAAUAGAUAGUCGUGCUUUGACAAUUAUAAGUCGAACUAUGCCAGGAUUUGAUUUUAUACAUGAUGAUGUUUUACAAAUAAAUUAUAAAGAACUAUCAAUAAAUAAAAAUACAAAAUUAUCAGUUAUUGGAAAUUUACCUUUUUAUAUAACAUCACAAAUAUUAUUUUGUUUAUUAGAUUUUUAUAAAUAUAUAGAGCAAGCAGUUGUAACUAUACAAUAUGAAGUUGGACAAAGGAUUGUAGCAAAACAAAAUGACAAAGAUUAUUCUAUUUUAAGUAUAUUGUUUAGUUUGUAUACUCAUCCAUAUUUAUUAUUUAAAAUUCCAAGUAAUGCAUUUUAUCCUAUUCCAAAAGUUGAAGCUGCAGUUAUGAAAAUUAUUUUCAAGAAGCAUAAUUUUAAUUGUAAUUUAUUAUUUUUAAAACAAGUAUUAAAACACGCUUUUCAGCAAAGAAGAAAAAAAUUAAAAUCCAGCUUAAAAGGACUAUUAAAUAUGUACAAUAUUCAAAAUCUACCAAUGGCAUUUUCUGAUUUACGUCCACAACAACUAUAUCCUGAACAAUUUGUUGAACUUACCAACAUCUUAUUCCCAUUACAUGAUUAUCCCUUUGAUCCAAAUGUUCAGACAAAGGUAUGGAGAAAAACAAAGCAUGGGGAAUAA